AUGCAUCCCAAAGGAUCCAGGAAAAGAGCUGCUGAUGCCGAGGCGACUACCUCGAAAGCAAAGAGCUCGAAGAAAGACGACCUAACCAAUGCCGGAGCAGCUUCCAAGGAAGCGCAAGAAGAGUCCAAUGCCCAGAACACCGAGUCGACGCUACAAGCCUCUGACGAUGCCACUAUCGCUGACCCUGAGGAUCACGACAUGGACGAAGCCAAAGUCCAAUCAGAUCCUUACACCUACAUCAGGCAUUGUGCCCCUCGAUUUGAAUGCGAAGCUCGCUACAACAGGGAACACGGAAUGGACGAAGACUGGGACGAGGAGAAGGGCAGCGAAAGCUUCAAGGAUGACAAAACUGAAGAGCUCUGGACUAUCGUCGAAUCGAUGAUCUGGUGGAUGGUAGAAGAGCCCCAUGCUCCAGACAUCAAGGCGCUGAAAGAAGGCAAGGUGUUGCAGAUGAUUGUCUCCUCGCAUUCAGGUAUGGCCAAGGAGAUGAUCUGA